GUUUUGUUUGUUUUCUUUACUUUUGGAUCUGAUGUCAUUUGUUCGAUCCAAUAUUUCUAUCGAUUUUGAUCAGCUAUAGUGCUUUAGUUUUUUGUUUUGCUGAUCCGUAUAAAGAUUAUCGAUUCAAGUUUACGCAUCCAGAUCUUACUUUAAUCGUGUCUGGUUCGUGUGCUAAUCACUAAUAGCUAAUUUUUCCAUAUGAAGAUCUUGAAAAUGAACGUAAUUUCCUUUGUAAUGUAUGAAUGCUGAAAUUUUGAUGAGAUAUACAUGCUUUUAAACCUUGUUGCACGAGCUCAAACGCGUUGGAAUUCGGAAUACGUUAGUAUAUACGUUAGAAUUUUGAAAUCUGUUUGUGGAUAUGGAUUUCAAGAAAAUCUUUAAUUUGAACUGAUAAUUUGGUGAGGUAUAUGUGUUGGACGCAUAACGAGUUGUGGAAAUGAUUUUUCUGCCGAAUUGAAUGAAAGCCUGCUUAUCUGCAAGUGUUCUUGAAAAAGAUCGUGGUGAGGUCCCAAAGGGAAGUUCAGAGAUAUUUUUCCGCAAAGUAAAAUUUUGGGAAGAUGGCGAAAUGCAGGAGGCACCACCUGUCUUUAAUGUAGAUGGUGUAAAUUACUUUCAUGUGAAAGUUGUUGGCUUACUGUUUGUUGCAACUACAAGGAUUAAUAUAUCACCUUCCUUUGUCUUCGAGCUCUUACAAAGAAUUGCUCGUGUUAUUAAAGAUUACCUUGGGAUUCUCAAUGAAGACUCAUUACGGAAAAAUUUUGUCCUGGUGUACGAGUUACUUGAUGAAGUUAUUGAUUUCGGUUAUGUGCAAACAACAUCCACAGAAUUGUUGAAGUCCUAUAUUUUCAAUGAGCCGCUUGUAAUUGAUGCAGCACGACUGUCACCUCUUGGACCUGCUGCAAUCUUUUCUCAGGGGUCAAAAAGAAUGCCUGGAAUAGCUGUUACAAAAUCCGUUGUUGCAACAGAGCCUGGGGGUAGAAGGAGGGAAGAAAUCUUUGUAGAUAUAAUUGAGAAAAUCAGCAUUACUUUUAGCUCUAGUGGAUAUAUAUUGACUUCUGAGAUUGAUGGCACCAUACAAAUGAAAAGCUAUCUUACUGGCAAUCCUGAAAUUCGCUUGGCUCUUAAUGAAGACCUUUCCAUUGGAAGAGGCCAGGGGCCAGUUUCCGGUUAUAGGAGUUCCUCUGGAGGAGCAGUGAUAUUAGAUGACUGCAAUUUCCAUGAAUCUGUUCGUCUUGAUAAUUUUGAUACGAACAGAACUCUAUCCCUGAUACCGCCGGACGGUGAAUUUCCGGUCAUGAAUUAUCGUAUGACCCAGGCAUUUAAGGCUCCUUUCCGUAUCAAUGCUUUGAUUGAAGAGGCAGGGUCCCUUAAGGCAGAAGUUCUUCUUAAAUUAAGUGCUGAGUUUGCCUCAAGUAUAACAGCAAACACUAUCAAAGUGCAGAUGCCAUUACCAAAAUAUACCACCAGAGUCAGUUUUGAACUGGAGCCUGGUUCUACCGGACAAACAACUGAUUUUAGGGAGGCAAAUAAGAAGCUGGAAUGGAGUUUAAAGAAAAUUAAUGGGGGAUCAGAGCAUACUUUACGUGCAAAGCUAACCUUUUCUCAGGAAUCGCAUGGUAAUAUAUCGAAAGAAUCUGGACCUGUUAGCAUGACAUUCACUAUACCAAUGUACAAUGUGUCUCAGCUUCAGGUAAAAUAUUUGCAGAUAGUAAAGAAAUUUGGGACACAUGAGCCAUAUCGGUGGGUUAGAUACGUUACACAGGCGAAUUCAUAUGUUGCUCGUAUAUGAUGCAAUGAAGCAACCUCUCCCCCGUUUCUAUCCCCUCUUGUUCCUUAUAACCCUUGUUUUUGUUUUAUUUACUUAAUUCUUUAUUUAUAAGCUACAUUCAAGUUAAGUGUAGAUGACAUAGUUGUUUGCUUAAACAUUCAUUACGUAUAGUCUUACAACGUGGGGUGAAUUUCUUCACAGAUGUGAUUUUCAUUUUCCAUGAACGAUAACUCGGUCCUAUUAUAAAGCUUUUAUUUUGUAUGAGAAUAUUUGGUAAUAUCUGUGAAAAUCUCGAGGAAAUGUUAGUAUGGUA